CACUCAAAACAAAUUUCUCUUUCUCAAAUUUCAUUUCCCAAUUAACUUCCCAGAAAUUCCAAUUUCGCUGGUUUUUCUUCAACCCUAGACAGUCAAAGGAGAGAGAAAGAGAGAACAAAAUCGCCAUGGAAGCAGCUGCAAGGAAAUCCGGCGGAGGUCUAUGGGAGGGCCUUUACCGUGUCUUCAUGCGCAGAAACUCCGUCUAUGUCACCUUCGUCAUCGCCGGCGCUUUCGUUGGUGAACGGGCUGUAGACUACGGAGUUCAUAAACUAUGGGAGUACAACAACCAGGGGAAACGAUAUGAAGACAUCUCUGUGCUUGGUCAAAGACAAUCAGAAUAAUUGAUCUUUAAUUUCUCUGGUGUCACCUUUUGAAAGUUUGUUGCAUUUUGGAAUUUAGAUGGGAUAUUGAAAAGCCAGUUGGCUGUAUUGAUUUUGUAAUAAUGAACGUGGUUUCAAUUUUGAUUUUGACCAACCAAAGCUAGUCGAUGGUUCGGAUUGCAACUUAAUAUAAUGGGAAAUUUGAAUAUUUUCAUGUACUAGCAUAUACUUCCAGUGAAGCAAACCUCUGUUCCAAAUUCACUGGUUUCUCUCCUUUUCUUUGGCUGAUGGUUUUAUAUACUGCGUAAUACAGUAUUUGUAUUUCUUAAGAUAAUCUCAAAUAUAUGUCCAAUGUCCCA